AUGAGAUGUGGAAUGGAUGAGGUUUAUAAAAAAUAUUACAAGUGCAAUACGCAUGGUUUUUGUCAUGAUAAACAAAUUUUGAUACUACACACUUUUCAUCAUUACAAAAGAGUAAUUGUAAAUAUCUUAUAA